AAGGAGAGGGGCCGCUCUCCCCGCUCGCCGCUGCCGAAAAAAAAAAAAAAAAAAAAACGCCCGAGAGAGUGGCAGGGCCGGAGCUGCUCCCUCGUCGACCACGCAGCUUUUUCAGUAGUCGGCGCGGUGUCGGUCCGCCGAUCCUGCGACUCUCCGCGUGUCCCACACUUCAAGCGUUCGCUCGACGCCGCAAAACAAAAAACCGCUCGCUAUAGUGUUACUGUGUGAGGCGCACCGCGCGCCUCCCCCCGGGAAAUCGGCGAAAACUGAAGCGAGAGCUGCGGGAUUCCGAGACCCUGCCGAACUUAGUACUUCGAUAACCGCCGCCGCCGCCUACUGCCUGUUGUGUGAUCUCGUUCGCGUGUUGUGAGGUGCGGCGCGCGGGCGCGCGUGUGAGGUUGGUUGGACGGUGGGGACCGCCUCUCUCGGAUUCGACGUCGUGUGUGUGUGUGCCUGCCUGCCUGCAUCGCUGGAUUGUCUCAUCGCCACCACGCCGCCCAGCGCAGGAUCUUGGAUCGACGACGCUCUUCGGUCGCUACUUCCGUCACGUGGUGCUUCCGUCGUGGAUUCACUACUGCGCGGACGGAACCGGCUGUCAUCUGGGUGUCUACGAGGCCGAUGCGAUAGGAGGAGGCAACCGGUGAAAACGAACGCCUCGGCCCCGAAAUAAUAAGGCUGGCACGGAGUUUUUUUGCAAGUCGUUCACGCGACCGUCGUCUUCCGUGCUCCCGCAUCGCUGGUGCGUGUCACGUCGUCGUCGUCGACGGGUGAUUGGCGGCCGGCCUCCUCGACUCGUCGCUGUUUCGUCGAAGUGCGAUUGUGAAGUGCUGUGCGGUUCAUAAUUUGUCUUUUUUUUUUUAUCGCGUGUUUCAGGGAGGGCGUGUUUACUAUCGCUCGAGGGUCUCUGUUGAAUAAUUGGUUUGGUUUCUUUUCUUAAUACUCGUUUUUCUUUUCACGCCUCAGGGGCAGUAAUUUUGGUUUUGUCACGGUGGGUUCACGUUGUGGUGGUCGAUUCAAACUGGUGGCCUCUUGGAACACAAACGUGGCGCUCCGGGCGCGCUGGACUAAAUUCCCCAUGUGUUCCAACCUCGUAAUCGCGUUCCCUUUUAGGUGAUUUGGUUCUGUUCCGGUACCCCCCAUUUUUGUUUUCGAUCUUUUUAGGGGGGGAACUUGUCAUUUCUUUCAAAAAUUAUUUUAUUUAUUUUAUCACAGAUCCUUUGCUUUCCAGUAGCAUUCCUUAAGGUCGAUAAAAGUGUGUGUAUCGAAGGCCAAAUUAUUAAUAAUAAUUAAGUAUACGGCCCUUUAAUUUCUUGAAGUGGCUGGGAUUGGCUUUACUUUCGUUUAGCUUAGCCGGGAGAGGUUUUCAUUCGGUAAGCGUUUAGUUUGCUCUCGGGCCGAUCAACCAUACGACGUGAACACCGCAUUUCGUUUUCCUUUUUCUUAAAAAAAGAAGAAAGAAAAAUCGCACUCGCGUUGUGCUGAGCUUUGAGGGGGGGAAACAAAGUGAGACCCUGACACCGUUACCUCGAUUGGUGUGACACCUCGAUCCACUGUCGUCGACGGGAGAAACGGCAAGCCUUCGGCGAGUUUUCACCUAUCUGACCAAGCUCUCCCUGUUUCGUCGAGUGCGAUUACUGUGUCGACCUUCGUUUCCGAAGAUUUCUCUCGGGCUUUCGAGGAGAUCCACCGAUUUGAGACCCGUGCUUCGCUGCGCGUCAACAAGUUCUUGCGUCCCACCACCACCAGGAACCCCGAAAAUAGACCACCACCGCUGCUGAUUUGUGGAAAGAAAAAAAAAAAAAAAAGAAGAGGAGUUGACAACUUUCGGAAGUGGCCACACCACCAUAUAGUGCUCGCCCUACAUUGCCAAGUUCUUCGGAAAGGCACAGGAGUUGUGACCAGGCGAGCCUGUGCUAAGACAUUACUUGGCAGCGUUAUUGCUCUAUAAAGCCAGGAGAUCUGAGAAACUGAGCUUGCGGUCCUGCCUGUCUGCCUACCUUUCUGGAAGCAAGCCGUGUGCGUGCUUGGCCCACUGAAAACGUCGUCGUCCUCUUCGACUUGCCUUUUUUUUUUUUUUUUUUUGCGUGUGUUGUGUUGUCGCCUCAAGGGUGCAUCCGAAGCUCGCUGUCGCACCGUGUGUGUACUAGUGUCCCCGACCACGUGGUGAAGAGUUAGAAAGAAAAAAAACGCAUCUACUAUUCAUUGUGUCCGUGAGUGUCUUAUACGCACCUCGUAUUCUGCACGGAACAACCUUCCUUGCUUUCUUCGUCAUAUUCCUCCUUCGAGGAGAAGACAUCCCUCCUUGGUCGUCGUCGGGUUCUGCGAACACCGCUUACCGGACGUCGUCGAGCCCUUUCUAGACGGGCUACCGACCACCCCCUUUGAAGAAGAGAAAAGGGUCGUUCCGUCUCAUUUUUGGCUGCCUAAAGAGGAAGGAUUUCUGUGGCUGUCGUCUUUGUGAGUCGCUGUGUUUGUGCCUCGCGCCGCCUGUCCGUUCUCUUUUCCGAGAGAAGUGCAAGUUCUUUUUUUUUUCUUAACUUGCUGGGCAAAGUGCAAGAAGAUUCCGAUUUCUGCAGUUUCAAGAAGACCAUCAACUGUGUGAGUGUCGGUGCUUAAAAAAAAAAAAUUGCUCCUUCGCCCAUCAGUUCACAACCAACGGAAGAAACAUCCGUCAAGCUCCCGUAUUACGAAGGAGCUGCUGCUGAGAAAAACAAGGAACUUCCCAGGAGUUGACAUGGCUCAACGGUACGACGACCCGGUAUCCCAUUACGGCGCCGGCGCUGGCGGCGGUGGCGGGGCCACCGCCCUGGAAGGACCCCUCGGCGGCUACGACCCGCAUGGCCGCAUGCAGCCGCUGGCUCACAGCCCGCACCCCAUGAACGCGGCCGCCGCCAUGUACGCCAACCACGGGGCCGCCGGAGCCGCCAAUCACGUGAUGGGCGCCGUGCCGGACGUCCACAAGCGAGACAAGGACGCCAUCUAUGGACACCCACUGUUUCCCCUGUUGGCACUGAUCUUUGAGAAGUGCGAGCUGGCCACCUGUACACCUCGGGAGCCGGGCAUCGCCGGUGGGGACGUGUGUUCCUCCGAAUCCUUCAACGAGGACAUCGCGGUGUUCGCCAAGCAGACGAGGCAAGACAAACAAUAUUACCUUCCCAACCCUGAGUUAGACAGCCUCAUGGUGCAAGCCAUCCAAGUUCUCAGGUUUCACCUUCUAGAGCUCGAAAAGGUGCACGAGCUGUGCGACAAUUUCUGCCAGCGGUACAUCAGCUGCCUGAAGGGCAAGAUGCCCAUCGACCUGGUGAUAGACGAGCGCGACAGCAAGCCCGGGGACCUGGGCGACAACAACAACAACCACAACAGCAGCGGCGGGGGCUCGGGGGGCGGAGGGGGCUCCGGAGGGGGCGGAGGGGGCGGGGGAGGCGGAAGCGCGGGGGGCCGCGGUCACCACAACCCGGACACCACGGGCCACAACAGCACCGACAGCUCCUCCACGCCGGAUCAGGGAUACGGCAUGGAGGACAUCGAACCUGGCCCCGGAGACGACAGUGUCGUCGACGGUCACAGUCCGUUCCGACGCGCAGUCGGCGGCGGUGCGUGGCAGUUCCCCAAGUUCAGCAACUCGUACAACGGGUGUACACAGUUACCAAGUGUACACGAAUACACAUUGGCGCAUGACAAGCAGCAUUGCCAGAAAAUCCUAAGAGACGCGAUACAUACUUCGUCGCUGUCCAAACAGCGGCCCCCCUCGCAGUCCCUGAACUCGUACGGCACAGCGGAUGACGUGCGUUCUCCUACGGGUUCGGCGGGCACUCCGGGACCCAUGCCUCAGCAGCCCAGCUCACAGCAGAGCACCGACAACAACAGCGAAGCGGGUAAAUCGGUGGACUCCUUCAGCCUGGGACUUUCUCCGCACGGCGACGCCAGUGUGGGCUCGGGUGACGGCACGGGCGAGGACGAAGACGAGGACAGAGGCAAGAAGCGCCAGAAGAAGCGCGGCAUCUUCCCCAAGGUGGCCACCAACAUUAUGCGAGCCUGGCUCUUCCAACACCUCACGCAUCCGUAUCCCUCCGAAGACCAGAAAAAGCAGCUGGCCCAGGACACCGGACUCACCAUCCUCCAAGUCAACAACUGGUUCAUUAACGCGAGGCGAAGAAUCGUGCAACCAAUGAUCGAUCAAUCUAAUCGAGCUGGUGGGACGAUAGGAGGCGCAAGUGCGGCGUAUGGACCUGACGGUGGAAUGGGAUACAUGAUGGACGGCAGUCCACAAAUGCACAUUAGGCCACCAGGCAUGCAGAACUUGUCCUGCGGCGAUGCGUCGAUGGGAAUGGGACACAUGGGCGCCAUGGGCAGCUACCCACAAAUGCCCCAACUGCGGUCGCCGACGCAGGCCAUGCUCCUGCCCGGUCACCCGCACGCAGCCGCCAUGAUGAUGGCGCCCAUGGGCCACCCGGGGCUGCCCCCGCAGGGCUCCCCCUACGACGGCCAGCACAUCAUGGACAUCCACGCCAGCUAAAGCCGCGCCGCCUCGUGGCCCUUCCUCCGUGGCUGCCCUCGUCACCGAAUGUCCUCUUGCUCCAAGCUGUGCUGCCUCCGUCCGCCACCGACAGGUGGCGCCACUCGACGGACCGUUUAUCUUGUUUUUUUUUUUCUUACUCCUGUCGUCUGUUCCUUCAAACACACGCACGCACCCGUGCAAUACUGCGUUUUCCGCAGCAGGGUGCGCCCUCUGGCCUUUGUUUUUCGAAACUUCUGCUGUGCUCUUACCGCGAAAACCGCGUUUUAUGUCUUUUAUGUGUUUUUCAUGGCGAGCGCGUGAGUGAUCGUGAGCGACAAAUGUUAUUUCUCUUUAUUGUGUGAUCGUAUUCCUUCUGUGACUGUUCGUUACGUCUUUUUUUGUUUUGCUGUGUUUCUGCUAAACUCCUACAUCUUUUCGUCUUGCACAAUGACUCUGACCGCGUCGUCUGCGAUGGGGAACAGAAGUCACGAAACGCAACUUCGUGUGUUGUGCGCAUGCGUCACUUACAGACGUCUGCUCUUGCGGAGCAAUUGAUUUGCAGAUGAACAAAGCAAAACAAAAUUCACCCACCCUCUAAUUCGCCACUCCGUCUUGUAAACGGGGAAUCAGCUUACAGUGACAGUUGACCUAGUUGGCGAAUCAUUGACAACGCCGUCGUGGUAGUUCCUGACUGGGCAGCUUAGGUCGAUAUGCCAUCUAAUGUUCCAAAGCCGAAGGAACGUCAAAAAAUCGUGCCCGAUAUAUCGCCUAACGCCUAUGUCAAACUCGCCCUCAGUGUUUCGCUGCUUUUUGAAGUUAUCGUAAUCACCAGAGGGAUUGCAGUGAAAACGAAACUAGCCGAACCACUGCAGCUGUAUUGAAAAAAAAAAUAAAAGAAAAAGAAAGCAACGUUCAAAGGACGACCCAGACUCUUUCCUCAUCGCCGACGACUUAGUCAGGCAAGGCAGCAAGUUUCUUCUUUUCUUACGCCUUACGCAAGAAGGAAAUUAUGGCGAAAGGUCAAAAAGGCUUUCCUUUUUGAUCACGCGCAGUCAACUCUCAUAGUCUGCAUCAAUUUUAGUCUUUUUUUUUAAUCAUAACUCUUCAUCUCCGGUCCUGUUGACCUUCGAUCCGAUGCGACAGACUCGUUUCUCCACUCCUGAAGCCGUGAUGAGGCUGCGAACCGGUCGCCGUUUUGCAAUAGGACCGGCGCGAAAAGAAAGAUAACAAAAAAAUGAAAGCAAGAAGUGAGAAAGAACGCGAGAUAAAAAGAAAGAAAGAAAGGCGUUCCGCAAUGUGCCGGACACGUGUAAUGGUUAUCUAAAAAGUUCUCUCAUUUUUGAACAAACGCCAGAUUUGCUUCGAACGAUCACUUUCGGGUUUUCAUAAAAGUUGUCACGCCAGAGCUUUUCGUAAGGGCAUGUGCGAGCCAAUCGUGAUGUUGUACUUAUUAUGAGCGAAGGUGGCUCGCCGAUGGCAAGCAGUUCUUACGAACGAAGAGCUCUUUGAAUUCGUACCGUGGUAUCAUUUUCUGUUGUGUGGCAAUCGUUAGCUGGUCGUCUCCAUCUGCCGCUUCCUAACCGUCUUCAUCAAGGCUUAAGAGGUUAGCUUAAGUUUCUGCUGACUCUUGCUGCUCUAGACUUGCACAUUUAGAUAGUCAUCGUUUCGCAGGUGACCAGAAAAAAAAACAGCUUCUGGUCGAAUGUAGCUGGAGUUGCUCCGCGUUUUGCAAGCGAAAUAUCUUCAGGCAGCAAGCUGUGUCAGCGAAACGGCUACAGUGCAACUAACCUUGAAUGCGUACUAGUGCCAUUCUAAUUCACAGGUGGUUACGAGCUUCCAUUCGCCUAGACACGGCAACGUGUUAGCGCAACCAAGACAGUACCUUUGAGUGCCUACCUCGAAGCUUUAGCGAAGUCCACCAACAGAGUGGUAUCAGGCCUCGAUAACCUUAGCAACACGGCAAGCCGCACCAAUGUCCGCCCAACAAUGGGCUACAUUGGCACCACAUUGGAUCACGUUGGUUAUACACUGGGCCUACAUUGGAUGCACUUUAAGGGCUGCUUGUGAGAUUAAGGAAGCCAUAGAGUUUCAUAGAAUAAUUACUAUAGCGAGCUCUGGUGCUGCGUCAAGAUAGCACCAAAAUUCCUUCUAGUAGUUGUAUGUAUGGAGGAAGAUUUCAUAAGGGUCUUCGUUCAUGUUUACAAGCGUAGUUCGCGACAACUUUUCCACUUUGAUGCGUGUUUGUUUUUCAGUAGAGCAAUGAGGACACCGAUAGUCCAUUGCUUCACAAAGGCUGAGUACGCUCCUCGCAACGGCCUCUGUCGAGUGGUUUGCACAGUCUGUCCUUCGCGUCGCCGCGUCUCGAAGGCCCUAUUUUGUUUUUAGUCGAACACACGACGCCGGCUUGGUGUGUACAGAAGAACAGAAAGAAUAAUGCCGGAGCAGGGUUCACGCGCGGUCUGAGAAGAGUGUGACGAAGACGUGGUCCGAGAUCGGUGUUCUGAGCUGCGCGUUCGAGGUCUAAAAAUGGAGGGUGCGGAUGCACUACUACGACGACAGGCUUAAACUGUCAGAGCCGGAAGUGACGUCAGGAAAAUAUGGAAGAAAGGCUUCAGGCUUUCCCCUUCAACGUCUCUUGGCGUACCGUCGAUAAAAAAAAGGAGUUGCUUCUCGGCGUCGCUAACGUCGUCAGUUAGGUUUCUUUUCAUGCACCUCGUGUAGCACCCCCCCCCCCCCCCCCCGGACGGGUGUAUUCACUGCUGUCGUUGAGCGACCCUCCCCUGUUCGCUAUUGACUCCCGAGCGAGACAAGUUCGCCACAGAAUGCGUGUGGCUUAAAUGUAUGUGAACUCGUGUGCAGUUCGAUUCGCGAGUUCAGAGGAAUCACUUUCCUCCCGCGCGUUCUUUCGCAUUGAGUCGUCGCUGGAGGGCGCUGCGGCUGUCAGCGAUGUUUGCCAAGUUGUUCCCCGUCUCCAGGGGGACCGACCACUGACGCCCUUAAUAAGGGAACACGAUCCCUGCGCUUAUGACGAGCGUGUGGAUUCCGUCGCGAGAAGUGUUUUAACACUCCCUUAGCCCCAUCUGUUGUCGCAUCGUAUUUUGACGGACCCUCCUACUCCACCACACCUGUUUAUCUCGUUCCUCGUAGGAAGAAGUCAGUUGUUUUUUUUUCCCAAUUCAUGAUUCCACCGGUGAACUCCAAGAGUGGCGGCACGGACUGUGCUGCUGAAUACGUCAUCCUUUUUCGUUCGUUCAAACGAGCGUUUCAACCUUCAAAUUUCGAUCUACGCUUUUUUUGCCUACUUCAGCCAUACUCCUUUCACCUUAUCUUAACUUCCUUUCUCUCACUCGCUCUCGUUUUUCUUCAGCUUUUUCUUUUAGUUUUAUGUCCAACGAGGAAAAACAUCGCAUUGCGGCAAGUUGUGCGGGGCAGUGGAUGGCUUCGAUAUUUCAUUUGAGCCGAGGUGUGUCUGAACGUGCGUCGCCACUUUGCAGACCGAAUUGCUCUUUGGUUCCUAUCAUUCUUGAGCCCCCAAAUGAGUCGCAGAUAGUCUAGUAGCCUCCAUCCACUGUGAAGGAAAAUGCACUCUCUUACGUGAUUUUGUAUACUUCGCCUUUCAUUGGCCGCGCAUCGUUCGAACUUCAUGACGAAUUGCUUCCUUUGCCAGGGUCAGUUUUCGUUUUAACUCCACAGCUCUCCUUCAAUGACGGAAGUUACCGAACAUUUUCCCCCCCUUUUUUUUUCUUUUACUGCUGGACGAACAAGAUCGUUACGUGUGACUUCUUUCCACCCACACACAGAGGUUUUACGUUUUUUUUUUUAAUUUUAAAACUGACCCUUUCUUUCUAAGUGACUCGUGUUUCUCUGCGGGAAUUUCAUUCAUCAAUUGUUACGUCAUCCCAUCCGUUUAUUGGUACAGGUCGUGGAUUCUGUCCGGACGAGGCUGUAAGCGUCCUCGGGUCACGUAGCAACGGUGGUUCGAUUUAUUGUUAUUGUUACUUUUAGUUUGUCUUUUCAUGCGGCUAAGCGGCGUGGACGGUGCUACCGUGUAAGAUCCACCUCUGGCGUUCGAGUUUUGAUAGAUGACGUGGUGGCGUUGUGUGCAAUUGCGUGUUGGGUUAUGAGAGCUUUCUGGUUCUCCUCCGCGGCCCUCAUCAUUCGCCGUGCGGUGGCUGUGCGCAUUUCUCGCUGUACGCGGGAACGUUCGCAUCUCGUCACUGUCCUCUGGUUUUGCGAUCAUGCCUCGACGUCUGCCCGUAACGAUUCAGAAGAAGCUCGUCACUGUCUCUAUACAAAGAAAUUGUUGUCGCACAUUCUUUUCAUUUCCAAAAAAAGAAAAUUAUCCGCGCUCUAUCGCAUUGCAGUGAUCACGCUUGUUGAUUCUCAGUGCUUUUUUGGAAUAGCAGCACUUGAUUCAGAACGUCGUGAUAUCUUAUCUUUUCGCACUUUAGUCGUAUCUAUCCGUCUAUCUAGCGUGAGCUGUUCCUCGCAGUUAUAUCUUCUCUGCAAAGCUUUUUCUUCUUACCCUGCGGAAUGAGUUUUAUCGGAACGGAAUGACUUGCACAGGCUGCACCGAUCUUAUCACUUUUUUGUUUAUUCACUGCGCCUGUUCGAGUACUGUAGGCUUCCUUCUUUUACGUCAUCGCAAUUUCACCGUCUUUUGAAAUUUCUAAUCCUUCGAUGAGCACCAUUUCAGCAAUUCUCUAUGUAUUCAUGUUUUUUUAUCCUUACAUUUCGCUUGACUAGAAAGCAAUGACGAUGUCUUCUCGUCGCACUUCUUUCGCGCUUGAAAGAUUCUUUCUGUCUCCUUUAAUUUUUUUUAAUUGUCGGGGGCGUCAAAACUGAUCAUGAUGCAACUGACAAACUGAAAAUACGUAUGUAAAAAGAAGAAACGCGUUAUCGCAAAGAUAAAAGAAGUGAAACAAACGGAUGACGGAGAGAUGCGGGGAGAAAUCUCUAGUUAUAUAUAUAAAUAUUAUAAAUAUAAAUAAUGAUAGUUUAUGAUAUUAUCCAUCGUGGUUGUUGUUCUCUCUGAAUGUCAUAUUUGCCAAGGUACUGCUGUUCACGUGUUGCUGUGGUUUCCCUCUCUCCACUAUUUUUAUUUCUAUUGUAAAUCUUUUCUUUUUUUUAUAUAGAAGCACAUUUCGCACGCUUUUUCCCGCAGUUCUAAAGUUCAACACAUGAAGAGUGACUUUUUUUUCUUCCUGUCGCCAUUUCUAUCUACACUUCUUCAUCGUCUUUCUAUUGUUUGCAUUGUUUGUUUGAUACGGCACUUUGUGAUUUCACAUGCAUUUUUUUUUUGUAAACACCAGGCGGCUUCGCUCUUCCUUUUCAUUUUGAUACACAUCUGACUUCCUCUAUUCCCUACUUUUUUGUACUUGUGACAAAUCUGCGAGCACGUCUAUUCGCGGGAUAUAUUAUACGUAUCUGUAUAAAACGUACAGGCAUCUAAGGAGACUGUAGUUGUAGUAGCAGUAGCUUGGACUUGUGUUCUCUUGAGUAUAAAUAUAUAUGUAUAUUUUUCUUUCUUCUGAGGCUUCGUUACAUCUGUCUUAGGCCAAGCGUUCUCGUGUAGACCAUUCCUUGCGUCCCAGGCCGAGUUUGCGUUUUUACUCAUGUGUAUGUUACUGUCUGCCGUCUUUUUUUUUUUCAGUGUCGUGUCUCGCCGUUCUGUCGUUAACGUGUCGAGCGCGACAGGCCGACAGUCGGUCGACAUCGGCUUCCUUUUCCUCUCUGUUCACCCCAUCGCACUUUUUUUUUUUUUGGUUCAACUCAAAUACCGUUCACACCUGCGGCAUCACAGCCGCUCUCAAACUCGUCAUUAGCGACGCGUCUGACAGUUCCUGCCGCAUUUGUCGGAUCGCUGAUGCACGAAGGUUUUAACCUCCAUGUGGUUUCCUCUUACGCAUCAUCGGCGCGGCGCAAUAACUCCGGCGUUGCCAGUAGUGCGGCAGACGCGCCGCAGGUGUGAACGGUGCCGCGAAUUUACUGAUUUAAGCCUGUCAGCUGGCGUCAUCUAGCGGCCAGUCUUGUCACUUGUUUUUUUUUUCUCCCUCCUUUGGACUCGUAGACUGCUUGUGGUGCGAGUUUCAACAAUACUAUAUAUAUAUGUAUGUAUACACAUAUGCUGCCUACUAAAGCAGUAUAUCCAUCACUAUGAUACACUAUCGCUGUUCUGCGGCGUUCGAGUGGCCGCCCUCCACUGGUGUGGCAGGUUCGGAAUGUCGCGCUGGAGCGCGUGUAACCACAAAACAUUUUUCUCCGUGCCGACGAGGAGACAGGAAGCUAAGUUGGAUGUUUUUUUUUUCUUUCUUUUUUUUUUCGCGCUGGCAGCGCGCUAGCGUCAUUUCUUGGUUCCUUACAUCUGCUGUCGUGAGCUUGGCGCGUUUUAUUAGGAAACUAGCACAUUGCGUAGGGAUUCAGAAAGGGAAGGGGGGGGGGGGGUCUUUGUGCUGGAAUAGCGGCAUAGUGUGGGGUAGAACUGCGGUAGGGUUUGGCUUUGGCUGGCUUUGGCUUCGAGGCAGCGACUCUUCGCUACAUUCGCGCUCAACGCGGGACACGAACCCACGACCGUCAGAUUACGAAUCAGAUGCGCCGUAGAACGACAUUUCUGCAAGUGUAACGGUUCACAGACACGCUAAAAACGAACGAAAAAGUUGGAUCAGGAGUGAAAGAAGAAGCGAAGAAAAUCCAUCAGUGCAGAAGCCCGAAUUUGUUAUUUGACGUCGCAAGCGUCCUCAAGUUGCCCCGCUUCUUCACGGCUCCUUGUUUUUUUUUUUUUGAACUGUUACAGCGUAGCGCUAUCUCUUUGCACGUGCCAUAUAUAGUAUAACCAAGCAGGGAAAACUUGUAGCGUUUAAUUAUCUUCGGUGGACUGGCGAGUACUCGAUGAUUCAGCGCGACUCGAUGUAUACCAUUUUUUUUUUUUGUCUCGCAUCAAACGAAGCUGUAGGCCGUAUACCAACUGAUAUACGCGAACGAAUUUUCCUGUCUCCUCGUCGUCGCGUUAAUUGCAGGGUAUAUUUUCGAGAGUGAGUGCGUAUGCAUGGUUUUUUUUUUUUAAAUCUACACCACCACUAUACCAGCACCGCCGUUUUGUGAAACUUUUUUUUUUAUUUCGCAAAUUGUUUGCCUACUUCAUGAGCUUCGUUGACGUGAUUGUAUCCUGUUGAAUCACUGUUAACUGUGCGCAGGACUCGAAGGAAACCGUCGGGAAAAAGCAAACCUUGUUCUGUGUAAUUUCACUUUGUUCUGUACCUGCAAAUCGUGUGAAAUCUUAAGCCUUUCUAAAGAUGCUACGGUGUCUUACGCUUUGUUCGUCUUUCCCGUAUCUGCUGUGGUGAGUGACAAAGUUUUCAACGCUGGUAAACUUACGACCACCUCUUAACGCUAAAGUGAAACAUUUAAAAUGAUAAGUUCACGUGAGCACUUGCAAUAUAAAAUGCUCAUUGAGCGAGUCUUACUCUUUGUUUUUUAUCUGGUGGUUUUCGAAAAGUGUUUGAAAUUAAUGCAGAUGGUCGAUGUACUUUCGAAUAUCGGCACGGUAACUCGUACUUUUCUGGCAGUCGAAAACUAUGAUAAUAAUAAAUCAAGUACACAUGUGCAUAGCGAGAAUAUGUAUCAGUGUAUUAUAUACGUACGCCACACAGUCAAAUCUUUUUUGCGUAUUUUUUUAUGUUUUUCGAAGCUGUUGUUCCGGCAUGCAAGAGAACAGCGGAAGGGUUUCCUAGAUUUCUCAAAAUUCGUGCGACAGUUCUUAUCAUUAUCUCCUUUCUUAUGUACAUAAAAUUUCACUGGCUCUUGUUUGAAGUGCUUUAAGUGUGAAUGUGACACACCCUGGAGUGUUUGGCACGUAUGGUGUCUUUUUUUUUUUACUUUUUUUUCGUUUUCGUGUCAGAUCGGCUCCAACCUAAUCCGCAUGUGUCCAACUUGCUUACGAAGCAGAAUAGCAGAGAGACCGACAUUUUUCUCGAUCUGUUUGGCAAUGGCCGGCACAUGUGUGUUCUCUCGACUGUUCUAUACGUUCCUUAUUAUUUUGUGAGAUGGUGUGUUUGCGAGGGAAGUCGUGGCACGGCUGUACUAUGCUUCGACUAUGUGGCACGGCUGUACCUAUGUGUGAACUGAGCGUACUAAACGUUUGGUUAGCGAGGAGUCGUUUCUUUUUGACUUGUCCGUGGACACAUUUUUUUUUUGUCUUAGAAACUAUUGCCUCCCCUGCCAUCCACCCACCCCAUUUCUUGGAAGAUGUUGGUGUUUUGUGUGUAGAAGCCCCUACUACUAAUUGUGAAAUAAUAAAGAGUGCAGAAAAAAAACGAGAA